AUGACUGACCAGACUUGCACUGCUGUCCGCGCCCAUAGCUCUGAUUCGAGCUCGCUAGCGCGUCACCGCAGGAUCCACACGGGCCGACGUCCAUACAAGUGCCUUGUGCCCGGCUGCGGCAAAUCGUUCUGCCGCAAGACGACGCUCACCAAGCACACGCGCCGCAACCAUGCGGAUGCCGAGGGCACCUACACAGGAAUCGGUGGGCCGACGACCAUCAUGAGCAAUUCGAUCUCGAUGAACCGAUGCAUUGUGCCGCCGCACAUCCGUUCGACGUUCCCGCAAGGUCUGGAACACCACUACCUCGCCAGCCUCAAGGAGGAGGACACCUCCAGCAGCGCUCAAUGCGGCUUUCCGGUGCAGCAUGCGGCCGACUAUCCAACCACUCCGUACAGCGCUCCUGCCAUGUCGGCCUGCCCCUCGUCCAGCACCAGCAACGGCUACGACGGAUGCGAAUUCUCACGCAGGUCGAGCAGCACAUCUGGCUACAUCUCGAGCAACUCGCAAAGCUUUUACAGCCCCACGAGCAAUAGCAGCCGCAUGUGUCCUACGCCAACCGCGCUCAGUUCGGCCACGGAGCUGACUCACUUUCCUCGCACGCCAGAUUUUCGCGAUGCCAGGGCUUUUGAGAUGCAAGGCUCCGGUCGUCCUCACUUCAACCAGCUCUCGGUGGCCAAUAUGGGUUACGGAUCAUGUGGUCCCGACUCGGCCGUUUCUCUGGCUGGGCUCCAGAGCUCGAUGGUUGGUGCUGCCCCGACCUAUCCUAUGGUGUCCGCCAGCUGCAUGUUGGACGGCCAGGAAGCUAACAACAUUGACCCCAGCCUGUGGGAUGCCGGACCGUCGUCUACUGCUCCGCCCACUUCGAGUGUUGGAACUCACUUCUACGACCAGGCCGUAGGCUUUCAACACUUCAAGCAGACCUUUCCGCAGCUGCAGCAGCAGCAGCAGAACAUCGCCGGUACUUCUGACUUUACUCAGCCAGCUAUGAGCAACGAGCGCAUGAACUCGUACGCUCUCAGGGCACCGUCCUCUCAGCAGCAGCAGCAGCAGCAGCAGCAGCAGCAGCAGGUGGUGGUGUCCGCCUUGUCCUAG